AUGAGCUCCAACCACGCCGAUGCCGGCGCACCAGCCGCGGAGAAGAAGAUGAGCGACAAAGAGGCUCGUAAGGCGGCGCGCCUGGCGGAGGAGAAGGCCCGCGCGGAGGAAAAGGCGGCCCUUGUGGAGAAGUACAAGGAUGUGUUUGGUGCCGCCCCAAUGGUGCAGUCGACGACGUACAAGUCGCACACGCACAUCCCGGUCGCGGAGCUUUCGCAGCCGGAGUUGGUGGGCAAGACGGUGCUGAUCCGUGCCCGCGUGUCGACGACGCGCAAGAAGGGCAAGAUGGCAUUCAUGGUGCUGCGCGACGGGAGCGAGUCGGUGCAGGCGAUGGCUGCCGUGGAAGGCGACGUGCCGAAGGAAAUGAUCGACUUCAUGGGGCAGAUCGCAACAGAGUCGAUUGUUGACGUGGAGGCGACGGUGAGCAAGGUGGAGCAGCCCAUCUCAUCGACGUCGCACUCGGACAUCGAGCUGAAGGUGAAGAGGAUCCACACGGUGACGGAGUCACUGCGCACGCUGCCGUUCACGCUCGAGGACGCGAGCCGCAAGGAGUCGGACGAGGGUGCGAAGGUGAACCUUGACACGCGCCUGAAUAGCCGCUGGAUGGACCUGCGCACACCAGCGUGCGGCGCGAUCUUCCGCCUUCAGUCGCGCGUGUGCCAGUACUUUCGCCAGUUUCUUAUCGACAACGACUUCUUUGAGAUCCACUCGCCAAAGAUCAUCAACGCGCCGAGCGAGGGUGGAGCCAACGUGUUCAAGCUGGAGUACUUCAACCGCUUUGCGUAUCUUGCCCAGUCGCCACAACUGUACAAGCAGAUGGUGCUGCAGGGCGAUGUGCCACGCGUGUUCGAGGUGGGCCCGGUGUUUCGCUCAGAGAACAGCAACACGCACCGCCACCUGACGGAGUUUGUUGGGUUGGACGUGGAGAUGCGCAUCGAUGAGCACUACUACGAGGUGCUGGAUGUGGCGGAGAGCCUAUUCAACUACAUUUUCGAGCACCUUGCCACCCACACCAAGGAGCUGACGAGCGUGUGCCAGCAGUACCCCUUCGAGCCUCUUGUGUGGAAGCUCGCACCGGAGAAGAUGAAGGAGCUCGGCGUUGGCGUCAUCUCGGAGGGCGUGGAGCCGACAGACAAGUUCCAGGCACGCGUGCAAAACAUGGAUAGCCGUAUGCUGCGCAUCAACUACAUGCACUGUAUUGAGCUGCUGAACACUGUGCUCGACGAGAAGAUGGCGCCGACGGAUGACAUCAACACGACGAACGAGAAGCUGCUCGGCAAGCUUGUGAAGGAGCGCUACGGCACGGACUUCUUCAUCUCGGACCGCUUUCCAUCCUCGGUGCGUCCGUUCUACACGAUGGAGUGCAAGGACGACGUGCGCUUCACAAACUCGUACGAUAUGUUCAUCCGCGGUGAGGAGAUCUCCAGCGGGGCGCAGCGCAUCCACGACCCCGAUCUGCUGCUGGCGCGCGCCAAGAUGCUGAACGUGGACCUCACACCGAUCAAGGAGUACGUCGACUCCUUCCGUCUGGGGGCGUGGCCGCACGGCGGCUUUGGCGUUGGGCUGGAGCGUGUGGUGAUGCUGUACCUUGGACUGAGCAACGUGCGCCUUGCUUCGCUCUUUCCGCGUGAUCCGCAGCGCACGACGCCGUAG